AUGCCCGGCGAGUCAAGAAAGCGUGUUUGCGCGUCUCGCCUUCAGACGCAUCCCGGCUCUCCACCAAAGAAAUCAAGGCUUGACUUAGCUUCGACUAGCCAAACUGCAGGCCAAGCUACUGACAAAAACACGUCCGAGGACGAAUCCACAACCCCAUCUCAUGAACCAGCUGUUUCGAGCUCCUCCUCGUCAAUAACCUCCCCCGCACCGUCUGAAGCCAGUGAUAGCGAUGACGAUGACGAUGACGAUGACCCGCCUGAUAUCGUCUCAUUGAACCACAGUCCACCCCAAUCCUCUUCCGGCGAAGAUGAGGAUAGCGAAGUCGAAGGCAAUAUCAUAACAAUUACACAGCCCAAGCCACAAAUACGACGUAUACCCGCCUCCGAAUUGUCAUCGCGUCUUUCGGCGUUCCUGCCCGUGCUCAAAGCUGCCAAUGAAGACCUUGAAAGAGAUAUUGUUGCAGGGAAAUUGAUCAGGGCAGAAAUUCAUGACGAGGGCGAGAGCGUCAAUGAAGAGACUGGUGGCAAACAACCAGAAAGCCAGUACAUUGAAAUGAACCUUGGCCUAGGAGUCCUUGAGCAGAACCAAGAUCAAGUCUCCGAAACAAGCAGUGACGAGGCCUCUACCCCGAUAGAGAACGAGGGUGGCCAGGCGCGUCCCGAAAAGGAUACUAACGUUCUGGAUAAAUUGAUGGGAAGCAAGUCUAAAGUCAAAAAGCCCGUGAUUCAUGAGAUGGACUAG